GGCCGGUACGGAACUCAAGGAAUUGUUGUUUUUCUUUUCUCUCCUUCGGUCUACGUUGGGAUUCUCCCGCCAUUCCCAUUCCCCCGACUCCUGGUCUUGGCUCUCACCCCUGUCUUGCAACAUACGGCUGCCACUGGACUUCUGUCUCGCAAUAAAAGAUUGGAUCGAAUGCUAUUUGUGUAAGGGGGCGAAAGGUCAAAAGAAGAAAGGGUUCGACUAUGGGAGGCAGGGCGAGCUUGGCAGAUCUGGAGGAAUCUGCAUCCUGGAAUGCUCCGAUCGUUGAACAAUGAUAUGCCGUCGGAGUCAUCCAUGGUACCAACCAUCCCGGGUUGUCAUUAUUCGGAAGCUUCGUGCGAUAGUGGCAAAAGUACCACCCUUACGCCCUCCCUGGGUCAAUUACGGGGGUGCGGAGUAUGGCAGUAUGGGAGUUCUGGGGGAACAACCGGCAACCCAGAGCCGCCAGCAGAGAAAGGGGGAGACCGGCAUAACCUAUCGGCGAAUUUUGAGGCCACCGACAUUUGGGAUUAUGAAUGAUGAACCCUCUCAUGUGCCAUACUUGCUUAUUCUCAAACCCGCCCAAAGCGUGGGGAAGAUCACCGGCGCACUGGGGAGAAAAUCUAGAAGGAUGAAUGACCCCAUGAAAAUCGGGGCCGACGCAGCAAGGAAUACCCGGAAAAGGGCAGCCCUUCAAGUCCCGGAUCCCACCAAAAGUACUGUAUUCUUAUCUUGCUGCAGGAUGGGGUCGCGGAUGCCGUGGGGACGGUUCCAUGCUGCGAGGGCAGAUUAAUUACACCACCACUUCGAUGCCGAGACCGUUAUUGGAGGGUUCCAUUCCAUGGAAGCCUUCGGAGCUACAAGCCGGGGAGAGCUCUACCCUGCUUUUUGCACGCUACCUCUUGCACCACCAUUACCCAUCGUUCUCUGAUUAGAACGGCUUAGACAUCCGAGGAUUCAUUUUCCGUAGAAACAGUCC